AUGAAGAAUGAGUCUCCGAUUUUUAGCGGGAAUUAAUAGCGAUACAUCCCUUAGACAAUUAAGAAGCCGUAAACCCACUUCGCUAACACCAACUCCUUAAAUACUAGCUUUGCACCUAAAGAUUUCUUCAAGAACAAAGUAGUUUCCCCUAAAACUAAGGCUUAAUAAGAUAUGAAUAUUCAAAAAAGUUUGCAAUAAAAUUUUAAGUCAACAAGUUUUGGAAACCUCGAUCAAAUAAACUACGGGGGCUCAGGCCAGAAAUCAUAUGAUACCUCACUACUUUUUAAGAAAGGAAAUCAUCCAAACUAUAAUCCUAAUUUCAAAAAAGGGAGUUAUAGUAAUUAAUGGGGAGCCAAUCGAACAUACUCAGCAGGCAGCCAAGCUUCUAGAAAAUCGGGAUCUGGCCAGAAACUAAUCUACCUAGAAAUAGUAGGUCCGAACACAAUUGCACUGAAAUUUGAGAAUUUCUAUGACCCAGACAUUAAAGACAAGAUUAAGGCAAUGCCUGAUGCGAGAUAUGAACAUCAAACUAAAGAGUGGCUAUUAAGAAAGGAUCUCAAAGAAAGAUUACUAGAAUAAAUCGGUAAUGAUUGCAUCGAGAGAGGUGUUCAAGUGUUUGAUACCCCUAAUUUUGUUUAUGAUAUUCUUAAAAACACAGUGCCUUUCUCUAAUUCUAAAUCAUUUAAGAGUUUUGGGUUAAAUUAUGAACAAGAGGUAAAAAACCUACCAAAGUUAGAAAAACUGCCUACAAGUCUAGCUGGCAAUCUUUAUGAGUUUUAGAAAAAGGGUAUAGAAUUUGGAAUAUCUAGAUUUGGCAGGAUUCUCUUGGGAGAUGAAAUGGGAGUUGGUAAAACUAUCUAAGCAAUUGGAAUAGCCUAUCUAUAUAAAUUUGAUUGGCCUCUAUUCGUCGUCACUCCCUCUUCAUUGAGAUAUACAUGGAAAGAUGAGAUUCUGAAAUGGCUUCCUUAAAUCAAGUCAGAAUAGAUUUAAAUAUUCAAAACAGGCAAAGAUCAAUGGAAUUCCCAAGCUAUCAUAUACAUUAUGACUUAUGACUUAGCAAUGAAAAGGUAUGAAGAGAUUGAUGAGAGAAAUUUCAAAGUUUGUGUAGCCGACGAGGCUCAUUAUCUAAAGAGUAGGGAUUCAAAGAGAAGCAAGCAUUUAAUUCCAAUCCUGUCAAAAUCCAAAAGAGUUAUCCUAAUCAGUGGAACACCAAUGCUAGCUAAACCUGAGGAGGUAUAUAAUCUCCUUAAGAUACUAAGACCUGAUAUAAUUGGAAAAUUUACAGAGUUUGCAGCUAGAUACUGUAAUCCUUAACAGACUCCAUAUAAAAUAGAUUAUGGUGGUAACAGUUGUACUAAGGAACUCCACUAUGUUUUGAGUUAGAGUAUUAUGAUUAGAAGACUUAAGAAAGAUGUAUUGAGUGAGUUACCUCCAAAAAGGAGAUAAAAAAUUUAGGUUCAAACAGAUCCAAAGUUACUGGCAUAGAUAAAAAAGAUUUUGAAUAAUCUAAUGGACGGAUAAAGUGAGAUGACUGACAAUUUGAUAUAAACCCUUAUAACCAAGCAUAUUAAACCUGUUAACUUUGAUGACUAUAUUGAUGAAUAGAAAAAGGAAUAGGCUUAAGCUUAAGAUAUCGGUUUUAUGACUGCCUAUAGAUUAACUGGGUUAUCCAAAAUAGAUGGAAUCACUGAGUUCAUGGACACACUAAUUGAGAAUAAUUGCAAGUUUAUAAUCUUUGCUCAUCAUUUGGAAGUGCUGGAUGGUUUAGAAGAGCACGUAAAAAAAGAGAAAGUAGGCUAUAUAAGAAUUGAUGGUUCAGUAUCAGUCGAUAGGCGACAUGAAAGAGUAUAAGCGUUUUAAAAUAAUGAUAACAUUCGAAUUGCUGUUCUUAGUAUCACUGCCUGCUCCUAAGGACUGACACUUACAGCUGCCUCAACUAUUGUGUUUGCUGAAAUGUUCUGGACUCCUUCUAUUAUGACUCAGGCUGAAGAUAGAGCUCAUCGUAUCUCUUAAUAAAACUGCGUCAAUAUUUAUUACAUGCAUGGCCCUGACACUGUUGAUGAUAUAAUAUUCUAAAUGCUAAGUGAGAAAAGUUAAAUUGUUAGUGAUGCCUUAGAUGGGAAAAUUAGCGAGUAUCACAUAAAGAAAGCUUAACUGGAGGAAUGUUUAGAGGAGGUUAAAGAACUUAAAGAGAAAGGUACUCUUAAUCCAAUAAUCACCAAAAAGAAGAAGGAGCCUUCAAAGAAUAAGAUUGAGGAUUUCUUUAAGAAAUCGAAAGAUACAGAAAAUAACUUUGUGAAAAAAGUUUCAAAGUCAAAAAAUCCUCCAUUAAUUGAGGAGGACAUAGAUGAAGACUCAGAAUCAGAAGAAGUAUAUUAGUCACAAACUCAAAUAACUUAAUCUAAGAAAAGAUAGAUUAAAAGUAGUAAGCAAAUAGAAUUACCAGAAAUUGAUGCCAAUUAAGACUAAGAGGAUGAAGAAUUUAAAUAAGAAAUUGAAAAAUAACGAAAGGCAUUAAAAAAUUAAACUUAAGAAUUUGGAUUAAGAACAGGCUUUAGAAGUAGAAACACAUCAGAGGAUAAUGAAAUACUAAACGAAAGUAUAAAAUUAUUAAAUAAAAUCAAGCCUUCGUAAGAAAUAGAAUUGAAAAGUAUCUAAGAUAUGAAUUAGAUAAUUGAGAAGUAGGAAAUUCUUAGCCUAGAUGAGGAUUUAAAGGAUAUUGCAGAUGAAAUUAAGGAGAUAGAAUAAUCUAUUAAAGAGACAUAAGAUGAAAAAAUUUAAGUAAAAGAUGUCAAGAAGCACAUGCUUAAGGCGAAGUAAACCAAGCCCAGAAAUAAAAAAAGGAAAAUAGAAGAACUCCUUGAAGUUGAAGCCGAGGAAGAGGAGGAUGAUGAUUAUUAACCCUAAAAAAAGAAGAAAUAGACUAAUAAAAAAAGAAAACUAAACAAAUCAAAGAAUAAUGAAGUUCAAGAUUGA